UUGAAUACACGAAUUCAACGCUUGGAAAGCAGAAGUUGUGUUAGCAAUGAUAGCAGCCAUCUUAAAACGUCAUGGCAACGGCAAGUUAUCUCAAUACCUAGCCUGCAUAAGUGCCUGUAUUGUAGCUUUCACCUCUGGCAUCCACUAUGGCUGGACAGGGCCGUCAUUGAGGAAAAUACUCACCCCAGAAUACCCCCAUGAAGUAACCCCCGAUGAAGCUUCCUACAUAGCAAUCGUUAGCUGCGCGGGGCACGUUAUCGGAGGGUUUUCUGGAAGUGCUCUGUCAGAUACCAUCGGCAGGAAAUACACCUUGCUGGCUAUUGCAGUACCACAAGUAUCGUCAUUGCUUUUGAUAUACUUUUCUUACGUUGAGAAGUACUUCUUGUAUGCGGCCAGAGUCGUAGGGGGUGUUGCUGAAGGAGGUAUAGUAGCAGUGCUGCCGAUCUACAUAGCUGAAGUGUCAUCCCCAGACAUCAGAGGAGCCAUUGGGACAUUGUCCACGUUGGCUAGCAUGUACGGUUGUCUCUUCAUCAACCUGCUGGGCUCGUAUACAAACAUCCACACCACUGCUCUCAUAUGCCUUGCUUUCCCGGUACUACACUGGAUCUGUUUCGUAAAUUUCCCGGAGAGCCCUUACUUUUUGCUGAUGAAAGGGAAGGUUGAACGAACUAGAGAGAGUCUCAAGGUCCUACGAGGGUCGCAAGACAUAGAAAAAGAGUUGCUUGGACUCACUGGUGAUGUAGCAAGACAAAUGUCUGAGUCUGGUACCUAUCUGGACUUGUUUACUAUAGACUCCAACCGUAAAGCGUUCCUUUUGGUAACCGCGGCCAGAAUCUUCCAACAGUUCACGGGCAUCUCCGCCUUCGUCAGCUACUACCAAAUCUUGAUCGAGCAAAGCACGAAUUUGUCGCCAGUUCUGGGUUCAUCGUUGAUCCUCCUCACUCAGAUCGCUAUGAACCAUCUAACGUCAUCGUUUGUGGACAGGUUCGGUAGGAAACCGUUGUUGACGUUGUCUGCAGGUCUUACAUGCUUUGUUUUGCUGGUGCUAGGAGUGUACUUCACUUUAAAGGACUAUACCUCGCUAGAUCUGUCUGGCGUUCUUUGGUUUCCACUCCCCGUCAUGGUGCUCUUCAUCAUAUCUUCUUUCCUGGGAAUAGGCGUUAUUAUACCGAUUGUCGUGUCGGAGAUUUACUCGACGAGUAUCAAAUCUAAAGCAGUUUCGCUUGGUAGCAUCGUUUUCGCUUCCUCCAUGAUGGCCAGUACCAAGUUCUACCAGUAUUCUGCUGAUAACUUUGGUUUGGCGGUGCCUUUCUACAGCUUCGGUGCUUGCACUUUCUUUGGGAUGCUGUUCUACCGCUUUGGACUGCCAGAGACUAAGGGGAAGACGUUGGAGGCUAUACAACAGGAGUUGAAAGGAAAUCGUAUAAAGAAUUAGCUUUCUCCUUGGAAUUCUUGUAAAGCUAAGAUAUUUUUAAUUAAAAUUUGUAUGAAAUCUAUAUUUUAAUUCUAUAAAUAUAAAAAUUUAAUUUCAAGUUAGUAAGCUUUAUAUCAAAUACGUAAUUACAUACAUGUUUAUUUAAAGCUGGUUCGGUUAUAAAUAAACUAUUAAUAUUAUGCAAUGUAGUAGCAAGU